UCGCCUUCUCAUCCUUUCCCUCCUUAUUUCCUCCACUUUAUUUCCGGUCCCCCUCUUUUACGCCCCCUCCUCCUCCAAGGGGAGAAGCUCAAUAGACGAUGGAGAAUGCGCCGGUAGUCUCGCGGGCGCGAUAACUUUGUUAAAAUAGCAGAACGUAGUGUGCCCGUUCGUGACUGUUAACUGUGGUACCAAUAAAAACGCGUGGAAUGUAUCCGUGAAAAGGAUCGGUUGAAUGUUUCCUCUGGAUCAGGAUGCUGUCGUCGUCCACUGUUUUCACAUCGAACAGAUACGGGACACCCCAGAGGUUUGUAACGCCGACGCGGGGAUGGAGCGAAACGAAUGGAUGGGAUAGCGGUGACUCACAAAGAUCGGCAAUUUUCCGGAGGAACGUGCAUGUCAGACCUUACGUAAGGUUAGCGAAAGUCGAACGCGAACAACCGGAUCCACUUGUUACCAUCACCGAAACUUUAGGCGCUUUAAACACCGUCGGUAGUUACAUCGUCAAUAUGACCAGGGGUAUGGAGAACUCGAGUUACCCGCCAAAGGAACUACCGUCGGCCAUAUAUACCAUCUCGAAGAACAUUUUAGGACGUAACGUAACAGACAGCAUCGCGCCAUUAGUUCGAGGAGUAGCUUUACCUUUGCGACCUGUACCAAUCGAUAGUUCUACCUCCUCCUCCUCAUCUUCUUUCGCGGUUGAGGUCAACCAAGAUGACAAGGCAAAAGAGUCGAUUGACUGCACCACAGCGGACGGUAAUCCCGGGAAAUGUCAAGAUUUGAGUAACUGUCCUCAACUAUUGCUAGAUCUGACCAAACUCAGACAGUCUUUAUGCUUUAAAAGCCUGUUCGUCCCGGGAGUUUGUUGUCAAACGACGGAUAAAAUCGAUAUCAACGAGACGAGUCCUAUAGCCGGUAUAUUCCCAAAUCCAGGGGGGAUCACGUCAGCCGUACAUCCGCCAUUGCGACCGCCAAUUCGUCCGACGAAACCGCAUCAAACUCCUCGGCCGAUACCGUUGUUCCCCAUAACGACUACGCCGACGAAUCUUGCCGAACUGUUAACUACAGAAUUCGUUUCAGUAUCACCCUCUGCUGUCGGCCAGUCGGUGAAUCAUUCAAACAAUUUCUUUGGUGGCACAACCACCGGCGGCACGAUCGACAAUAAUCUCAUACAAGACGACGAAGAAUGCGGAGUACGAAACUCGGGUAAGUAUCGAGUGGUCGGUGGAGAAGAGGCUCUUCCGGGACGUUGGCCUUGGAUGGCGGCGAUAUUCUUGCACGGCUCUAAACGCACGGAAUUCUGGUGUGGCGGGUCUCUGAUCGGAUCGCGUUACAUCCUCACUGCGGCACAUUGCACGCGUGAUCAUCGCCAACGGCCAUUCACCGCCAGGCAGUUCACCGUGCGUCUCGGCGACAUUGACCUCGAGAGGAACGACGAACCAUCCGCUCCGGAAACUUACGCAGUCAAGCAGAUCCACGCGCAUCCGAAGUUCUCCCGCGUUGGAUUUUACAACGACAUCGCGAUCCUCGAGCUGACUAGAACCGUUCGAAAAUCACCUUACGUUAUACCGAUUUGUCUGCCGCAGCUGCAUUAUCGAAAGGAACGAUUCGCAGGCGCCAGACCCACUGUUGUCGGAUGGGGUACUACUUAUUACGGCGGAAAAGAAAGCACGGUGCAACGACAGGCGGUGCUGCCAGUGUGGAGGAACGAAGACUGCAACGCAGCUUACUUUCAACCGAUUACCAGCAAUUUUCUAUGCGCUGGUUACAGUCAAGGUGGUAAAGACGCUUGUCAAGGCGAUUCCGGUGGUCCUCUUAUGCUUAGAGCAGACGGCAGAUGGAUUCAAAUCGGUAUCGUUUCAUUCGGCAACAAGUGCGGAGAACCUGGAUAUCCGGGGGUAUACACCCGUGUCACGGAAUAUAUAGACUGGAUUAAAAAACAAAUGAUACAAUUUCAUCAUACGAUUUAUGAAAAAUGGAAUAUCAAAAAACUGUCAGCGUUAAAAACCACCGACUGGAUACAAGAUGAAAGGAAAUCGUUAGAAUCGAAUGAACAGAACAUAUCGGCAACGGUCGCGCAUCGUAGAUUUCGUCGUCACAAAUAUAAACGAUCCUCUCUAAUGAUCAUCCGUAAAAUAUCAACAGACGAAGAAAACUCGAUGGGACAGUCGGAAAUGACGCAAGUACAAAAUUUAGUUUCAACCAACGAGAAGGAGUUUGCUACCAAUAAAAGUGACAAUUUAAAUGAACUAGACCAAACCAAUCAUCCUGCAACCAAUGAUGAUGAUAAAAUUAUCGAACUUUGGAAUAAUUCGACGAAAUGUGCAACGAAUGAGGUGCAAAUUCGAACAAACAACGUUUACAACAAAGCUCAUAAAUCUGAAUCUAGCCAUGGAUUAGUCAAGCAACAACAAAGUGAAAGAAAAUUGUCUUUCGAAGCUUGGAAAAAUAAGAAAACUAUUACGUACCAACAGAUACUCAAGAAAAUAAAAAAGGAACAGCAGCAGAAAUUACUUGAAAACUUGGCAAAUAUGAAAUGGAAAAAGAUUGCACGAGAGGUGGCACAAAUACGUAAAAAACAGGAAGAUAGAUAUCAUCGAAAGCAGAAGUUAUUUUGCAGAAAACACUUGGAAACGAUUAAACGGACAAAUGCUAUAAUUAACUGUAAUACAAUCAAUGAGGGCCAAAUUGUCAAUGAAUAUGUUUUAAAUAUAUCAAAAAAUGAGAAAAAGACAAAAUUGGAUAAAGAAAAAAGAAUCGCUUCAAGUAUCGUGCGGGAAUCAAACAAUCGAAAGAAUAAAGCAUUUCUGAUUAAUGCUUGUAUGAAAAAUGUUGAAUUUCAUUCUUGGUUAAAUCAAUUGAAUUGGACUCUUCAUAAAAAAUAUUUACGUGAACGUCGACAUCUUGUACGAUCAUUUUAUUGUCAACCUUUCUAUUACGGAGCUGAAACAGUUCAAGAGCUUAGGUAUUGUUUACAAAAUGCAAUAGAUGCGAUGAGAUCUACCGAAAAUCCAGUAACUGCUAUUGCAUCUGGCAGUGAAUUAUUUCUUCGUUUUAUAACUUUGACUGCGUUAGACACUUCUACAUUUGCAGAAUGCAGAGGUAUUAUGCUCCAUAGAGGAAAUAUAUUUUAUGAGAAAUUGGUGGCUGCCAGAGGCAAAGUAGCAAAAGUUGCAGCACAUUUCAUUAAGGAUGGUUCUAAAAUACUUACACACUCAAAAUCUAGAGUUGUAUUACAAGCAAUGAAGGGAGCUGUUGAAAGUAACAAAAUAUUUGAAGUAUAUGUAACAUGUUCCUCACCAGAUAAUAGUGGGGAAGAAAUGUGUCAAAAUUUAAGAAAAUUAGGUGUAUCUUGCACCUUGAUAUUAGAUUCUGCAAUGGGAUAUGUUAUGGAACAAGUUGAUAUGGUUAUGGUAGGAGCUGAAGGAGUUGUAGAAAGUGGAGGUAUCAUUAAUAAGAUUGGCACGUAUACAUUGGCAAUGUGCGCUAAAGAAGUAAAAAAACCAUUUUAUGUAUUAACAGAAAGCUUCAAAUUUUCAAGAAUAUAUCCGUUAAAUCAAGUUGAUUUACCAAAUGAAUUUAAGGUAAUAAAAUUUUCAGUUAUUUUGAAGUAAAAAAUUACGUGUUCAAAUUGUUUUUUCGUUGUCAUUUCCUAUAUAGUAUACAGCAAGCACGUUAAAAAAAGAUUUGCAGAAGGAACAUCCAUUAGUUGAUUAUACUCCACCACACUAUAUCAGUCUUCUGUUUACUGAUUUAGGUAUAUUAACACCUUCGGCUGUGAGCGAUGAACUUAUUAAAUUAUACUUAUAAAACCUAUACAUUUACAUCAAAUUGUAAUUACAUAGAAAUAAUUUUAAUAAGAAUAUAUAAUUAGAAAUAAAAUUUCUUAAACACUAAAAAUAACAAAUGUUUAAACACCUUGACAACAAAAACUCAAACUUUAUAAAAGGCUUCAGUACAAGUUUUAUUAAUUUUUAAAAUAAUAUUGAGUAUUGUAAAAUAACAACAAACUCGUCUUUCUUUUAACUCAAAAUAACACGUAAUAAAGCAUAUACACAAUGUUAUAAUACAACAGAGGAGCUUAAGUUUUGAAUAUUUAUAAAUUUUUCACUAGUUAUAACUUAUCGUAGGUCAUCUUACGCAUCUCAUACAUGCAUGCAUAUAUUUAUGGUACGAUUAUGGAUUAACUAAUGCAUUUUAAUAGUUAAGUGUAUUAUAUUACACAGUAAUAAUUAAUACGUUCUGUGACUUUGAUGAAAAUGAAAAAUUGUAAGUAACUUAUACAUUGCUAAGUUACGUAUUAUAAAAAUCAAAUUUUUAUAAAACUUCUACACUUAUAAUUUCAAUUUUGUAAAAUAUGGUAAAUAAUUUUUUAUAAUUGAUAAUUAUUUUUUAUAUUACAUGUUUUUUUAAUGCUCAAUGAGAAAAUCUAUUUUGGAAAAAAAUGAAUUCAAUAUUCAACAUUCUUUAUUAUACCGAUAAAUACUGAUUGAUAAAAUUGAAAUAUUUUUUGGACGGAUAUAAAUAACAUGAGGAAUUUUAAGGCAGAACUGUUAAUAUAAAAAAUCAAAAAUAUGAACAAUAGAAAAUGUAUCAAUAUUGGGUCCUGAAAGUUCUCAAAGAUAUCACCCAAUAGUUUUCGUAUACCAUUACAUCAUAGUACGAUACAUAUUCACACUCUAUUCACAAUAAUGUAUAAAUACAAUGGAUAAAUGAAAAUAUCAACGACUCGCUAUGAAAAUAUCAAAUGUAUUUACGGUUUUAUUUAUAUUUAAUUCGAUUGAACGUAAUAUAUAUAUUAAAUCCAAACAUCAACUCAAUGCUAAUUUACACAAAAAAUUAUGUACUUUCAAGAGAAAUUAUAAUGGAAAGUAUAUAUGUAUAUAAAAACAAAUAAAGUAUUUACUGGCAGUUAAAAAAUAAUUUCUUUUUUCUUAUUAGAUUCUAGAUAUUCAGAAUCUAUAAAUAUCUAUUAAUAUUUGGAUUUAUAUAUUAAAGCUAAGUUUAAAGUUAUUUCUUUCUAUCGUUUCUAUAUCAUUUUUGUAAAACACAGAUUAUUGGAAUGAUUGAGAUUUUCAUAGCAAAUCAUGGAUAUAUCAUGUACGUACGUUUUAAUGAGCAUUGUUUUUUAAAGCUCAUAUUCUGAAAUAUAAGAUUUGCAUGAGAAAAUUGAGAGCUAUAAUAAACAAUGUGAAAAGAAUGUUAUUUGCGAUAUAGAUUAACACUGACUUAAAAUUAUCAUUUAUAAAUACGCUUGAGAAAGCGUUUCAACAACAGUAAAUAUUUGAUCGAAAUGAGGACGUUUUUCCGGUUCAUAUUCCCAGCAUCGUAACAUCAAACGAUAUAUUUCAUCAGGUGUGUUUUCUGGUGCUGGCAUUCGAUAACCUAAAGAUACGAGAAAGAAAAUUUUUAUUUGGAAUCUAAAAUAUUCCAAAAUAUUCUGUAUAAUCAUAAUAACAAUAAUAAAAACAAUUAUUUAAACAUUACCUGCAUCUAUCUUUUCGCGAGCUUGAGAAUUAGACAUUCCACUAUAAGGAUUUCCACCUUUAGAAAAUAUCUCCCACAUUAAGAUUCCGUAACUCCACACAUCACAAAGCGACGUAUAUUUACCUGCAAAAAAUAUUACGAUAGAAAAUAAUUAGAAUUUUAGAUAUGCAUGAAACGUAAUAAUCUUAAAAUUUUUCAAGUACCAAAAUUUAGUGCCUCUGGUGCGGUCCAUUUAAUUGGAAUUUGUUUCAUACCAUCCGAUACUAUGUACUCUUCUUCUUCUCGUGACAUUCCAAAAUCUGAUAUUUUUACUAUAGAUUCAUAUCCUAAAAAUAAAAUAUAUUAUGGUAUAUUCUUAUAAUUUACAUACUUUACAUAAGUGACUUUUGUAGUAACUAAAAAUAUGUUCAUUUACCUACGAGACAAUUCCGAGCUGCUAAGUCCCUAUGAAUACAAUAUUUAGAUUCCAAAUAGCGCAUACCUGCAGCUGCAUCUUUACACAUUCGAAGUUGUUCUUGCUGCGUGAUAGUACUAGCAUUUUUUCUCAAAUAAGUUAAUAAGGAACCACCUACCAUAUUUAAUUAAUAAUUAAUUUAAUAUCAAUAAACAGUUGCAUUUCACGAUUUAAAAAAUUAUUUAACUUUAAAAAUUUAAUUGCCAAAUAGAAUAAUUUAUUGAAUAUACCAGGUACCAAUUCCAUAACAAUCAUAAUAGGUUGUUUUUGGACACAGAUCCCAAUAAGCUUUACUAUAUUUGGAUGAUCAUACUGCUUCAAUAUCCGCCCUUCUUGUAAAAAUUUACGUUUUUGUUCAUCUGGUAAUGUUACUUUGCAAGUUUUUACAGCCACUUCAGUCUUACAAGUUUUCAAUUGCGCUUUAUAUACAUCUCCAAAGUUACCCUAAAAAUGUUUACACUGUUUCACAAUUGAAGAUUUAGUUUUCAAUCAAAUACUUGAAAUGACAAAUUUUUUUCAAUUAAAUGAGAUUCAUAUUAAUUCAACUUGAAGUCGGCUAUCAAUUACAUUGAACAUUCGAUCGAUUUUGAUAAUUCUGUACAAUAGUAUGUUAAAUUUCAAAAAAUUAAAGUAACUUCUUUUUUCUUUAAAUUUCAAUCAUAUACCCGUCCUAUCUUUUCUAGAAGAAUUACAUCAUCGUUAUUAAGUUCCCAACGUUCGCGUAAAAUUGGUGUUUUGAGAAUGGCUCCAGAUCGACUAGUCACUGGUAAUCCAGAUAACCAUUGAUGCCUAAUUAAUUCUUGAAUCGACGGAAAAGUAGGACCUUCAAAUCUAUAAUGUCCCUAAAAUUAAUAAAAAUACGUGGUUUUGUUCCUGUGUUUGUUAAAUUACAUAAUUAUAAAUGUAACCAACUGCUUACUUCGGGAGUAGUUUGCACAAUGAAAUGUUUAUGUCCAUCCCAACAAACAGAUAAAACUAUUUGACAUUCAUCGUUUCUUGUUGUUUCACGUACUAAAAAAUCUCCUUCGGUUACGAGUAAUCUUACAACUUCUUCCCUUGGUAACACACCAUGAAACCAUUCUUCCUCCAUAAGAUCUCCAUUUCCUUUUUGAUUCGUUGUUAAAUGUGAUAUUCCACGGAAUGCCUAUAACAAUAAACAUAUAAUAUUUUAUCUGACAAGCAGAAACUUUGGAUAAUCAUAUCCAAAAUAUCAAGAAAUCAUUUCUCUUUCUUCCUGUUUGUCUUAAUCAUUAUCAUUAAAACGCAUCACAAAGGUUAGUUUAGAACCACAAUUGAAUGCAAUUUACUUAAGUAAUAAGACAAACAUGCUUGACAUUAAAAAUCACACACAAAUUAUUAUCAAUUCAAUUAUAAAUAUUUUAUAACAUAUAUUUUUUGUAAACGUAUGUACAACAUUAUACAAAAUAAAAAAGAAGCAAUUAUGCACAAAACAUGUUUAUGUUUGUACAAUAAAUGGAUAACAUGAAAAAAACAUACAACUGGUAGAGUAUUAUCUGCUUUUGAGGUAGGACCUUCGCUACUCGAUCUAAUUGUUCCAUCUUUUGUGUUGUUUAUUAUUGGUAAAGAUUUGAAAGGAGAUCUAAAUAUUGUCAUGAAUCGCUGAUUUCUUCGUAAUGUAAAUAGACCGAUAUCUGCAACUGUAUUUUUCUGCAAGGGCAGUGAUUCUAGCUAAAUCUAUUAAUCCUUUAGAAAUAAAUAUUGUAUCGAACAACUAUUUUGUAAUAUACAACAAAUAACAUAACAUUUUUGGGAAAAAUACGCACAAUAUUAAUAGAAAUAUUUUUAGUACUUUAUAAUUACCUUACUAAUGGAGGGUGAAUCAGUGAAAGAACUUUCCAUUGAAAGAUCAUAUCCAAGUGGUAAUUCUUCACAACCUAAUUCAUUUAAGGCAGCUCUAAUAACGUCCACCUGUCGUUGAAGUCUCUUUUCUUGGCAGCGUAAGCGUAAUUCUUCUCUUUCACGAGAGUAAUCCAAAAUCGAUAUUCUGAUUUAAAAUGAAAGAUAAAAAAUGGAAGAUAAAUUUGUUUUAGUGCUAAUGAUAUAAUAAAAAUACUAUUAUCGAAUGUAGUAUUCUUACUUAGAAUCGCUAUUGUUCUCCGCUGGAUAUUGUGGAUUCUGUCGAUUCUGUUGAGUUGCUUUCAAGGAAGUUUCCAAUUCUGUUAGUCGAUUUCUUAACCAAUCUAUAGUUAAAUUAUCUACUGUUAAUUUAUUUGGCAACAAUUUUCCUGAUGUAUCAUCCACGAGGUUCUCAUCAAAAAUAAAUCUUAUCGGUGACGCUGGUCGCGUUCUGUAUCGAUUGUUAUCAACCUUUUAAUAUUAUUCUUAUUAAAACGCAAUAGAAAUACAAGUUUGAAAUAAAUACCUAUGUUUUCCUAUAAAAUCUCUGUACUCUUCUACAGGUUUUACAGAAUCUACAGCUUUUUGCAUUCGUCGAUGUAUCUCUUGAAACUUAUCUGUUGUACAAUCAGAAUAUUUCACUAUAUCCUGAAGUAUGGUUUUCCUAACAUGGAAAGAAUUAUUUAUGAUACAAUAAAUAUUGUCAAUAGAAUGAUAAUUAUUAAACUUUACCUUUCCUAUCACUAUUAUGUUUGCAUAAAAAUUUCACAUAAAGUGGAUUAACAAUUCAUAAAAUAGAAUUGAGAAAUAUGUAAUAAAUUCUCUUUGAACCUAGAAUCAACAAGAUGUGCUUACCAUGAUGUUAUAAAUUCUUGAUGAAUCGCCUGUUGUCGAUGAAGCAAACUUGGUAAAUAACAAGUUCUUAGGUCGUGUUCGCAUUCUGUUACAGCACCCAAAAGUAAUACAUAUUCAUUGUGUGUAAGAUGAAGUUUUCUACAAGCUUUUUGGUAUUUCUCUCUUACUUCGUCCAAUUUUCUACCAACUCUACCAGCUACAUAAAUAUCAUGAGUUAUGACCAACAAUCAUACAUUAAUAAAUAAUGCAAAUACUUACACUUGACGUAAUGUUCUUCAAAACGGGAUCUCAUCAACUUAUACAUUUCUAGAUUCUUCUGAUACUCUAACUUUUUUCUGGCAACAUCAUCAGUCAACUAGAAGAUAUAAUAAAUGUGAGAUAUAGUAAACAAGAUAUGGUAAACAAUAUUUUAUUUCUAUCAUAGAAAUUUCUUUUUACCUGUUGA